AUGACUUUGAUUCUCCUCUGUGUGGCGGGGAACGCCAUCGCGUCCGUGUCGAACGUUCCUUUGCUCCUUAAUGAACGCCAACCACCAAGCGACAUCUGCGGAGAUGCCGAACUCAAAGCGUGUGUUCGUUUGGAUUACCGCUCGUGCGAGUCUCUGGAGGAGAUUUUGAAAUCUGUCCGGUUUAAUCUGAUCAACCUGCAGGGGGCAGAGCUGGAGGAAAAUGGAGCCUCGUCGCUGAUGGAUAUGAUUUCGUAUUAUGAAUCAGCCACACAUCUGGAUGUCUCCUGUAACAAGAGUAUGGGAGUCUCAGGAUGGCAGGCCCUCUCACGGUUACUCAUACAGAGCAGAAACUUGUGGAGGCUGGAUGCCUGUAACAUCCCUUUCGAGGAUUAUCCUGCACAAGCGCUGUCCAGAGCACUCCUUAGCAGCAGACUGACAAUACUGCACCUGGAAAACACUGGACUGAGUGGAAAGCCGCUCUUCAUGCUCGUUUGCGCUCUAAAGAAGAACAUCGCCCUGCAGGAACUCUACCUGUGUGACAACGAGCUGAACAGCUUCCACGACUCCAUGCAGUUAGGAGAGCUUCUCAAAUACAACCGCACUCUCCUGACCCUCGACCUGAGCAAUAACGCCGUAUCAGACUCGGGUAAGGCCAUUUCUUUGUCCCAAACUGCCCCUACAUGA